GUGCUAUCUGUCUAUCAGAAGUCCGGAUAGCAUGAGAAAUCAGUCGCAAAGGUUCCUUUUUGUUCUUGGUACAAGGUUGCCAUUUUCUGUCCGACCUGAUCUAUCAUUUCUCCAAACCUAUACAUCGUCCUGUGCGAGGGAUUUGCAGCGUUGGCAUGGGAUUAGACUGGGCAUAUCAUCACUGCCAAGAUAUCUUAUGGCCUUCCUAGUUCCAAUAUCCAACGAGACGUUGGAGGGCAUCUAUCCUUCCAGGUAUUUAUUUCUUAUGGAUGACAUUAUGUGAUUACACUACGCCUCUUAUUCUUCUUCUCGCCCCACCAUCCUGCCAUGACUACAAGUCACUACCAGGGACACUGCUGGACAAGUGCUCUGGAGGAUGACGAUCGCGAUGAUGCAGUCAUUAUGCCACAGACUGCUAGUGUGACGCCAUUGGCUGGGAACAUUCCUUCGACACCGCCCCGCAACAAGCAAGUCCUUGGGCUGGUAACGCCUCUCGCGACCCCGGACUCUCGGUCACGACCCAACUCCUCUGCAAUUCGUUUCACCUCUCCACCUCAUACCCCUGUCCGACGUCCCGACAUCCCAAAGGACACGAAGCCGCUGACCGUCUCAGGAAACCCAUCUGCAUGGUCUAGCGACCAGUCAACUACUGUUCCUUUUCUGCCUCUGACAGGACUUUUGACGCCCGACAACACGCCUCCGCGUCUCAGUAAACCAAGAUCCGUACCUAUCAGUCAUAAGGAAGAGACGACAGACAAAUCAGAGUCGAGCCUCUCUCUAGAAAUCACCUCGACUGUGGUGAAGACCUUAGAAACUUCCGAACUUCACGCGGAAGUCAUUCAGAACACCAGAAUAUCAGAGCCAGUUACGACACAAUGCAAUGGCAUUACCAAGAAGACGAAACGUCGAUGCUUUAAAUCGGUCAAAGCCCCUAAUUGUUAUUGCAUCUACCAUAUUGACCAGGAUACCGGCCCUCCCUCUAAUUCAUCUGUGAAUGUGAGGGGUCCGCAGCGUCGUCAAUCCCAGGAUACCGUUGCGACGCCAACAAGAGACGUAAAUCUGCAAUGCCAUGGACUCACACUACGUGGUACCCAAUGCCAACGUUCAGUCAAACCUCCGGUUCAAUACUGUUAUCAGCAUGGAUAUCAAAGCAAUAACACCCCUACCACGUCUAUCGCACCACAGCCGACGACAGAAGUGGACUCACAGUGCCAUGAACUCACACUGCAUGGCAUUCAGUGCCGUCCUCCAGUCAAAUCUCCAGUUCAAUACCAUUAUCAGCAUGGAUACCAAGGCAAUAACACCCUUACGACACCUAUCGCAUCGACAUUGACAAUAGAAGUGAAUUCGCGGUGCCAUGGACUCACACUGCGUGGCAUUCAGUGCCGACGUUCAAUCAAACCUCCGGCUCAAUACUGCCAUCAGCAUGAAUCACAAAGUACUAAUACCCCUACUACACCCACCGCACCGAAGUCGACAACAGAUGUGAAUUCGCAAUGCCGUGGACUCACAUUACGUGGCGUUCAAUGCCGACGUUCAGUCAAACGUCCGGCUCAAUACUGCCAUCAGCAUGGAUCUCAAAGUACUAAUACCCCUACCGCCCCUACCGCCCCGAAGCCGACAACAGAUGUGAAUUCGCAAUGCCGUGAACUCACGCUACGUACCCCCACCACACCUAUCGUCCGGUUAACAGUGCAAUGCAAUGCUAAAUCCAAGUCGAAAGGACGUCGAUGUCAACAGCGGGUCUCGAUUAUCGCCGGACAACUCACAAAGGAUUCUUCCCAACUAAUCUAUUGUCGUUACCAUGUUCCAGCUCUGGUGGGGAUUGUGACACACGCUGAUAACGAGGGGUUCAAAGUGCAGCCAGUCGGUCGGGAAGAGGUUUUCGUCCACUUUUGUGACUAUAUUCCUGAAUAUCUGCAACCCGAUACUCAGAAGCGACUCCGAAAUGCCAUCACAAGAGAGAUUUCGGAAAGGUUCAGGAUACCAGGCUAUGUGUAUACGCUAAACGUAUUCGACCCCGAGAAUGAGGGAAAGCUCUCGUUGAAGAUUGGGUACAGCAACGACGUCAAGAAACGCCAUGCAGAAUGGAAGAAUAAAUGUCGUUCUUCCAUAAAAGAUGUUCGCGGGUGGUGGCCAGGGACCAUAAUCGAAGCUAAAGACGAUAACGAGAUGUCGAUACAGGAGCUCAUUGGAAAUAACCGCCAGGGCGCCAAGGGUCCGAUGGCUGAACAACUCGAACGGUUGGUGCAUAUCGAGCUCAAUGAUCUGGCAACACAUGCUCCCUAUCUGCAUCGCAAUUUUCCUGACGUCCACUUUUCGGACAUCCCACGCCUGCCAAAGGCUGCUCCUAAACCCUGCCGUGACUGUAAUGGGACCAAACACCAGGAAGUAUUCUCAUUCACGCGCGUCAGGGAAGGUGAGUUCUUCGGGAGGGAAUGGGAGGAUAUCAUCAAACCUGUGAUAAGGAAGUGGGGAUUAUUUCUCAUGGAAUAUUUUGCCCCGACUUAAGGUGGUGCAUGAAUUUUGCGAAUGACUCUUGGACUUGAUUCCUCUUUAUAUUUAUUGCGGAGGUUAUAUUUAUUGCGGAGGUUAUAUUUAUUGCGGAGGUUCAUACGUCGCGGAUAUUUAGUAUUAGACUCAGGAUCUGAUGUUGUACACUGGCCUGUAUUUUGGUAUGCUGACUCGUCGUAGCAUUGUAUGAGUUCUAUUAUAACAAGCGUUGACAGCAA